CAAUGUUUUUAUAUGCCCUGGAUCCCCCUACACAGGACACCUUCAUCCAGCAUGCAGAGGCUCUCUGAGGAGGGCUUCACAUUGGCCUCAGUCCACUCCUUCUACGACAACACUUCCUACAGCAUCAGCUGCUCUGAGAGCAACCUGUCUGAGGCCCUCCUCUUCAACAUCUCCAGAAACUCCAGCCAGGUGAAAGGCAGCACAAGCCAGGAGGACAGUGCCUUCUUGGACAAGGAGAAUGUUUGUGUGGGACUCCUCUUUGCCUCCAAGGCUCUGGUGCAGCUUCUGAUCAAUCCCUUCGUGGGUCCCCUGGCCAACAGGUUCAUGUUCUGGCUUCACAGCAAGUGUUUUUGUGUGUGUGACAAAAUCACAGCUAGCUAGGACAGUGUUCAACUUCACAUUUAUUGAAAA